AUGAAGGCAUAUUCUUGCGAAGCCUUUCAUUGCCUUUUCGAACGUAGCAUUGCAGGUAGUGUUGCUCGCCAGAAUCAAAGAACGACAGAAACUCUUUGUGUAGGGCUCAACGCCCCUAAAGUUCUCGUCUUUAUUGCACUGACAUUCGGAGAGCUUGCGAACGCCGUCAAUGGAGCCCGGAUCGUGUAUCCCGUGGUCAUCGAGGAAAGGUCGCUGGACGACGAGACAAUAGUCCGCGUCGACGAGCAUUUUACCCUGCAUCUCUCGAAAAGUUCAGUCAUUGGCGAUGAACUUCACGUGUCUUUGAAUCGAAACGGGAAAAGGAUCGAGCAAAGGCUACCCGGGAGACUACUUUCGGAGCGGUUGUACCAUGACCGUAGGCACUUUGCCGCGAUAUCCUUGGAGCAAUCUGACGGAUUUUAUAAAAUGAGUGGACUGCUGAACGCAACGCACUCUAUCGAGCCACUGGUUGCGAUGGCUCGGUCGCAGGGCGGCUCAAUGCCUCACGCCGUACGUGCCAUUCAAAAGCCAAACAUCGCCUCAAGGUCCAAUGACAUCCCAAACUAUAAAGACGACCCCGAGUGGUUCGAAAAGCUGGAGAUGGCUAGAGGCUGGAGAUUCAAGCAUGGCCACUGGCCCACGGACAAAUUCUCGAAUGUGACUAUGAAGGCUAUAAUUGUGGCCGAGGCUAAACUGCUAAAAAAAAUAUACGCCAGCCCAGUCAGGGAAGAUCCAGUGUUGUACCUAAUCCUGUAUGGGGAAUCUGUUGCCCUGCGACUUCAGGCGCUGGAGUACCCGGGGAUUAACAUGAUGCUGCUCGGCGUCUACAGCGCACCAAAAUUUAUCGACAGACUUAUACAACAGCAGCGACCGCCAAAGAUGCCUGCAAUGGAAGCCAGCCUUCUGAUGUCGACGGAGGGGGUAAUAAAGCGUGUGAAACAACAUGCCGCUGCUGACGUGGUCCUCUUUCUCACCCAGUUCAAUAUAAUGGGAUCAGGCACUCGCAAGAGUCAAGGCGACGUUUAUGGGUAUGCUGUUCGAGGAGGCGUGUGCUCGAGAAAUAAGUAUGGCUUUGUUAAGGAGAACGGCAACUACGAAGGAGUAGAGAUGGCAGCCGUAAUCACCGCAAGACUGUUAGGUGCGGAGUAUGACGGAAAAGCUGAAGCUUCUGGAUGUCCCGAAGACGGCGGGUAUUUUAUGGGAACCGGAGAAAUUUACACGCCCUACGCAUUUUCCAAUUGUUCAAGAAAGUUGAUCAAGGAAACUCUGCAAAAACGCAUGGACUCCACUUGCCUCAACCGUAAAAACAAGUGGUCACCGGUCCACGGAAACAGAACAUACAUGGGUGAAGCCUUGUCGCCGAAUGAAUUCUGCUCAUCACGCAACAAGAGUUUGAGUUAUUGUCAUCCGGAGUAUAACCUCCUGCCCUCUACCUGCACGGUGGACUGCUGCGAGUGGAACGGGCAUACAAAAAGGAAAAUUUGGACCUAUUUCGGUCUGGACGGAAUGGCCUGCCGUUCUUUCUUCGAAACGUAUAAUACUGUUGGCGUGAGUUACAACGCUUUUACAUCCAAACUCAUCAUUUUAUGUGCCGAUUUUUACAAUCCACCCGCUUGGAGUGGAAAACUGGCGUGCGGGGAAGGAAAGCAGUGA